AUGUUGCCAGCCCGAGCCUUAAUUUCCUUGGCCUCCUUCUUCGCAUUGGCUGUCCAUGCGUGCGACCCAUUGACAGCCACUUGCCCUGCCGAUCCUGCGUUGGGCGAGUCGAUUCGUUUCGACUUCCUGUCUGCCUCUGACCGGUUUGAAGUCACCUCUGCCGCCAGCGCAAUUGCCUACGAUGCUACCAAGGGGAUGGAAUUAUCGAUUAACAAGAGAUUCGACAACCCGUCCUUGAGAUCCGACUUCUACAUCAUGUUUGGUCGCGUUCAGUUCGAGUUGAAGGCCGCGCCAGGUACCGUUUUCUUGCAAUCUGACGACUUGGACGAAAUUGAUUUUGAAUGGUUUGGGGGAGAUGCAUAUGAGGUCUCCACCAACUGGUUCACCAAGGGAAACACUGCCACCUACGAUCGUGGUAUCAUGGCUCAGAUCAGUAACCCACAAGCCGACUACCACACCUACGCAUAUGAGUGGACCCUGGAGUCUUUGUCUUGGAUCAUUGACGGUGUCACCGUUAGAACUUUAUACCCUGAUAACCCACAAGGCUACCCAAAAACCCCAAUGAGGGUCUUUGCUGGUAUCUGGGCCGGUGGUGACCCAUCAAAUGCAAUUGGUACUAUCGAAUGGGCCGGUGAUGAAACAGACUAUUCUCAAGUCCCAUUCACCAUGUAUUGGUUCUGA